AUGGAGCCGGAGUCGGUCCAGAAUGCUACAUCGAAGUACCUGAAGCGGCGCCUGCCGACUGCGAAUGCGGAGCCCUCGAAAGUCGCUGAGCCAUUAGUUGAAACGAGACACGAGGCUCAAGGAGGUCGCGCCAACAGAGCAACAUCAUACGCUGACAGGCGGCUGCCAGCAGUGACCUCUUGCCUCUCUGGGAGCUCGAUGCCUCACAGUGAAGCACCGACAGAUCAGGAGAAGGAAUGCCCGGCACAACGCAGAGAGCCAUACCUUCUCCGCCGGCGUCAGAUUGACUUCACUUGGGUCGACCUGGACGGGGUAGCUGGCCAUCAGCAGCCUCAAGCUUUGGGCACGCGCUUGUCAAUACACGGCCGAGGAAGCCACAGCUUUCGAACUGCACAGGACAUGCUAAAUGUUGGUCCCCUCGCCUUCGGUGACUCAACUGACCAGGACUAUGUGACUUCUUGCGACAGGCAGGGAGGUGGACCUGAGCAUUUGGAGCCAGUGCUGUUGAAUAUCUACGACCUGGGAGACAGCAAAGCCAUCCAACGUUUGAAUGUACUCCUGAAACCCAUGGGUUCUGGUGCAUACCACGCGGCCGUACAAGUUUACGGACAGGAAUGGAGCUUCGGAGGCUUGAGCAUUGACGAUCCGAUUGAAGAGGGGUUCGAAACUGGGAUAUGGAGUUGCCGGCCGCAGGGUUGCAGGCAGCACGCUUACCGAGAAAGCGUUGCAAUGGGGCACACUAGCCAUUCUCAUGUGCAGAUUCUCGAAAUUAUUCGUGGCAUGAUGGACGAAUGGCCCAUGAAUAGCUACCAGAUUCUGCGGCGAAACUGCUGCCAUUUUUGCGACGCUUUCUGUCAACUCAUCGGCGUGGGGCCUUUGCCGGCCUGGGUUCUCAACCUUGCUGGCGUCGGUGCCUCGCUUGAGAGCAUGCAGAGCUCCACCUUUCACGCCGCCGCUUCUGCAGCAAGUGUGGUGAGGCAUUUCGCGUUGCGGAACAAGAAAGUACCAGCCUAA